UUUUUUCCAAUUUCUGAAAGUCAAAGGAUUUUUGUCAGUGAAUAUUGUGGACAUGUUUAGAGGCGAAGUUGUGGAGAGCUAAAAACAAGCCAGUAAAUGUACCAAACAAGUGCCCAUUCAAAAAAGAAAUACUUCUGCAAGCAGAGAAGGAACGAGAGCGCAUUGAGUAUGAAAAAUCUGAGAAGAAAAAAGCUAUAAAGCAGAAGCAUCCAGAUGUUGCAAAGAUUGGGACGAAACGCAAAUGUGUUUCGAGUAAUUUGCAAACACUGACUUUGAAGGCUACAGAACAGGGAAAAAUGUCAGAACAUUCCGAAAACCAAAGUAUGAAAAACUUGGAAGAAGUGCGCGAGAAAACACAGAAACAGUAUGCUAAUGAACUUCGGGAAACUGUUGAAUCUGCAGAUAUUGUUAUUGAGGUGCUUGAUGCCCGAGAUCCAUUGGGAAGUAGGAGUAGAAGUGUCGAGGAAAAUAUCUUAAACGCAGGAAAGCGACUCGUUUUACUCUUAAAUAAGAUUGACCUUGUACCGAAAGAAAAUGUGAAGAAAUGGCUUACGUAUUUGCGGCAACAGUCUCCAACUAUAGCUUUCAAAGCUUCAACUCAGGAACAGAGUCGUAAUUUGGGGCGUUUCAGUUCGUCAAAUUUACAUUUCUCGACUUCAAAAUGUGUUGGAGCAGAUCUUGUGAUGAAACUUUUGUUAAAUUACUGCAGAAACAAGGAUAUCAAGACAUCGAUUCGGGUUGGAAUAGUAGGUUAUCCUAAUGUUGGUAAAAGCAGUGUUAUCAAUAGCUUGAAAAGGAAGCGGGUUUGUGACGUUGGUGCUGUACCAGGAAUCACGAGACAAGUGCAAGAAGUAGAUCUGGACAAGCACAUCCGAUUAUUAGAUUCUCCUGGUGUAAUAUUAGAGCCAAAAGGGCGUUUGGACAACAGUGAAAUUGCUCUUAAAAACGCAAUACGAGUGGAAAGUCUAGCUGAUCCUACUGCUCCAGUACAAGCUAUUUUGAGGCGAUGUUCUCGAGAUAGUUUGAUUCUUCACUAUGAAAUACCAGAAUUCAAAACGUGCGAUGAAUUCCUGGCCCACAUUGCUCGAAAAGGGGGUCGACUAAAGAAAGGUGGCCGUCCCGAUUUGAAUGCUGCAGCUCGAAAGGUACUAAUCGACUGGAAUUGCGGGAAGUUACGGUACUUCACAGAACCGCCAGAGACCGUGGUAAACCCCAACUCCAAUUUGUUUCCCGCAGAGCUGUUAAAUGAAAUGUCAAAAGAAUUUGAUUUGGAUGCAUUGGAGGAUGAACAGAAAGCUUUGGUGGAAAGGCUACCGACCGAAAGCGCAAAUAAAGUAGCAGUGAAAUAUGGAUUUGCAGCAACAACAGAAAGAGAGGAAGAAAAUAAUGACGAAAUGCGAAUGGAAGUUGAAAAUGCUUCAGGGGAGACUAUUAUCUACCGUAAAGAGAAGAAAAACGUACGAGACGACAUUGUGAUGAGUAAAAACAGGUUCAUGGAUUCCUUCAACAUCGAUGGGAAUUCGCAGAUAAAUCGUGCGAUCAAGUUAGCAGUGAAAAAACACAAGAAGAAAAACAAGAAACUCCAUAGACGUACUGAAGAAAUGAUCAAUACAAUGACAUCAACAUCACUCACCGACAAGCAAGAAGACUAUGAUUUUGAUAUUAUGAAAGAGGAAUAAAUUCAACUAUAUUCAUUUCGAUUGUGUUUCCGUUAAGUAUAUUAUCAAAUGGAGUUUAGGGGUUAUUGUUUUCUCUAUAUAUAAGGAAAAGAAAAAGCAUUUGAAAGACGUGUUUACAUUCUGUGCAAUACUCCUUCCUUAUGGAGUUCUUUUGAAAGUAGUUCCAUACUUAUUUAAACUGGUGGUUUCGAACCAUUAGUCUGCGAAAACUGAAGUAUGGAUAAGAGCGGCGGCAUAGGAUGUAGAAGACAAAUCAGAGCCGUCUUCUUUUUCUGUUUUAAGCUAUACUUUGAUUCGUUUAUCUAUAAUAAAGGUUUAUUCAGCUUGUAUUAUUGUACUGUAAAUACCGAAAUUCUUUUCUG